AUGCUUCGCGUUCGAUGCUGCAGUGGUCAAUUGGCCAGGUCGCUGCAUUGUACAAGAGCCCAACAGGUCGCAAGCCCACUGCGGAGGUCAAGGCCUCUGUCCACAACCCAGUACUUGACCACGGACCCGAGCGAUGGCAAACCCGCGCCCAGCACCCAAACACCACGAAAGCAAGACCGAGAUGAGCAGAAACCCGAGGAAACCCAAAAGAAAUGGGCAUCGUUUUUCAAACCCGAAGCAGUAGGCCAAUCCGAAACUACUUUGCCUUCGAACGGCGACUCGACACCUGCCGAGGCGCGUGAUCAGAGUAAUAGGGGAAUUUGGACAACGCUCCGCUCGAGAAUGGAGGUUUCUAAAGAUAACGAGGCCACAGAGACGGCCGUUUUAAAAAAUAAUGAGAAGGACGCCGACACAGCAACGAGCGACGAAGCCUCGGAGCCAACACCGAAGAAGGGAGCAUCAAAAUCCAAACGGAUAAGAGGCAAAGCGGCCUUGGACGUAAAAGUAAUUAGACCACAUAAGUUGAAGCUAAAACCUGUCAAGGAAAACGUGUCUCAACAACCGCCACCGCACUUGAGCUAUAACUUGGACAGAGUGCUUUUUAAUCCCGGGGUGUAUCAUAUGCAGGAUCAUCGGUCUGGCGUAUUCAAUUUCGAUCCCUACUUGGCAUCCAUCAUGCCUGUUGACGAAUUUGAUUUUGACGCAUUGAAAGAAUAUACAACGUCAUCCAAAGACUCCAAGCUACGAGAGCUAUGUGCUGCACACGGACUUAAAUACUGUGGCUCAACAUCAAGUAUGACAUCCAUUUUAUCGCACUUUCACUUUCUCCUUUCGGCUUGGAGGCAACCAAAUUUUGAUAGCCUUUCCAAGUCGCUUACGCCCGAGUCCCUGAAUUUCACCGCCCUUAGCCGUGGGCCAGCCGCUGCAUUUGCACACUUCAAAGACGGCGUGUAUGCAAUUGACGCAGACAAGGAGUACGAUACGGAGAAUAUUCUUAGCAUGCUGGGCAAGUCGAUGGAGAAGUUACUUACGUUGCCAAAGGAAGAGUUUGAAAAGUACCGACGUUCAGGCUCCCAUAAACUUUCGGAAGAAGAAAAGAAUGCAGAGGAGGCGUAUCACUUCACCACACUCGGCGACUUUAUGAUGCGGUCACAACUUGACGCCCACGAUCCUCGAUUGCCCGGCUCAGGGGUGUUUGAUUUAAAAACAAGGGCGGUAGUCUCGAUACGGAUGGACGUAAAGGGCUAUGAAAAGGGAGUCGGCUACGAGAUCCGGAAGCGCUUUGGACAAUGGGAAUCCUUUGAACGCGAGUAUUACGAUAUGAUUCGAGCAGCAUUCUUGAAGUACUCGUUACAGGUCCGGAUGGGCCGCAUGGAUGGCAUUUUUGUAGCCUUCCAUAACACGCAGAGGAUAUUCGGGUUUCAAUACAUCAGUUUGGCAGAAAUGGACCAUGCAAUUCAUGGCACACACGAUCCACGGCUGGGGGAUGAGGAGUUCAAGGGCAGCAUUGCCUUGCUUAAUGACCUCAUGAAUCGAGCCACUCAGCGAUUUCCGGGGCGAACUCUACGAUUACAUGUCGAGACACGGCCAACAAAGGUUCCUCUGACUUACUUUUUUGUAGAGCCAGUAACCGAAGAGGAAAUGAGAAAGACACAAGAGGCCGAGAAGCCGUCAAUGGAGCAACUAGAGCGCGAAAUUCAGAGUCUCAGUCGUGAAGAACGAGAGGCAGAGUCUGCUGGAGCUACCGAGACUGUUCCAGGAGAAACGACGAAGGGUGAAGAGUCCGAUAGAGGUUCUGAUGAUAUUUCCGUCGACGAUCCACAGAAUGAGGAUACUUGGAAGGAAAUGAUGUCCAAGGUUGACGAAGCAGUCGAGAAUGAAUCCCUGGGGGUGCGGUCCAUACGAGAGGCAGUCCAGGAAGCCCUUGAACAGAGUGGUCUUCUUCAAAAUAAGACAGAAUUGGAGAGCGAGAAAUACUUGGAUGAACUGGUUUCGGCGCUCACGGCCCAUUCGUCGGAAGCUAAAGAGUCACGGCAGGCUCAGGCAGAUAAAGAUGAAGAAACUGACGAAAAAAAGGCGACGGAUGGCCAACCCGACUCUGAUAGCACCACAUUGGCCAACCUUAUUGUCAAAGUGACCAGAGGUAUCAACAAGAACAGUACCAACUUGAGACCAUUUGAACGCAAGGUUGUCGACUUGGCAACUCAGGCCAGAAAGGCAGAUUUUAUUCCAGCUCAUGAAAGAGACGCAAGGAGGGACGCCGAUGACGCCGAACUCGUGGAAUCGGCCGCUGAUGUCGACGUUGACACGAAAACAGAUGGCAGUGUCCCCGAAGAACCGACGCCGGAGCUCCUGGGCAUGUACGUCACCAUUCGCAACAAAGUCAAUGGCGAAUUCGUCGACCGACCGUUUGGGGCCGAGAAGAAGUUUGACUGGUCUGUGCAAUACACAAUCACUGAGUUACCAGACAAGAGAGCACAAAGCAUCUACCCCAAGAUUAAGAAGCGUAGAAAGGACGUUCUGGCCACAGAUCCUGGUGCUCGUUCAGCCGACUGGUACCGCAUGUUCAAGGGCAAGUUACCCAUGAUGACCAAAAAAGGGGAAAAGUUCCGCGAGAGGCGAAAGCAAAAGGAAGCUCGGAGUCCAGUGUAUGUCGCAUGGGACAAGGUUCCACUGCCUUCGAAUGCGGGGAGCAGUUGA